AUGGACGGUAUUCAACAACUUAUCCAAAACAAGGAUUAUGCUGCACUCGUGAAGGCAUGCGAGCGUGUCGAACUUCAGAUGGCUGCUAGUCCUUCAGCGAAUUGGAACAUUCAAGAGAUCUACGCCGUGUUGCUGCUUGCGUAUGCCCUUGUCGAUGACUUGAACGGUGCUCGGUUCUUGCGAAAACGGAUCCUUGCUGCUCAAAGACGUAGUGCUGAAAUCGAUACUGCGUGGCGGUUGUGCGUGAUCAUGUGGGAGCGACGCUAUGAUGAGUUUUAUGAAGCAUUGGUUUACGAUUGGUCACCCCUUGUAUUACCACUUGCCGAAAGUCUACGAGACACAUUGAGGGACAAGCUGGCCAUUGUGUUGCAAAAGACAUAUACGAAUAUGGAUCUCGACACAGCUUCUCGAUACUUUGGGAUGUCUGAAAUGGAACUUGUUCCUGGACUAGGAUGGGGUUAUGAUACCAAUUCAAAAAUGUUCACGCCAGCAAAACCAACCUCUUUACCUCGUCACCCUUCCGAGAUGAACCAAGUAUCACGAUUAGCCAAUACUCUUUUACGAUUAGAACAAUGCUAG